UUUUUUUUUUCAAUUCAGCUCAAUGUCAAGAAUAUGGCCUUCUUGGAAAAAUACGUCAACUCUUGGAGGAUAUUUUCAAGGAAGAAUGUGGACUGAGGGAGCGACUGGACAUCAACGAAAACUAAUCAAUCCAAGAACGGGACAAAAGCUCUCUGUCACAAUACAAGAUACCACGGUCAAUCAGGUGUAUUCCAUGGUCUCUUUCUCUCGACAAGCACAACAAACAUGGGCUUCAUUCUCAAGUAGUGUACGACGUGAUAUGAUGUUGGCACUUGCACAGGCGACAGAGGAUCAUAAACAAGAACUGACACAUCUGGAAAUUCUACAAACUGGCAAACCCUUUAGUGAUGCAUUUGGUGAAGUGCAGGAAACAAUCAAUUGUCUACGAUAUUUUGCAGGUUAUGCUGAUAAGCCUCGAGGUAUAUCUCUCACUGAUUAUGAUGGUAUGGAAGGACUUCAUAUGACAACACAAUUAGAACCCAUUGGCGUAUGUGGCCUUAUCACUUCAUUCAAUUAUCCCUUGAUGCUUACCGGUUGGAAAUUGGCACCAGCAUUGGCAGCCGGUAAUAGUGUGAUUAUCAAACCUGCACCUCAAACACCUCUUACAACGUUGGCUUUGGCAGAUUUGGCGAAAAAUAUUCUACCUAUGGAUCUUGUUCAGGUGGUGACUGGUGGAUUGGAAGUAGGACAGGCAAUUGUGGAUGUAGCAGAAAAGACAAGUUUUACAGGAUCAACACCAGCAGGACAAGCCAUCAUGCGACAAGCAGCAGAUCGAUUACAACCUUUGACUUUGGAAUGUGGUGGCAAAAAUACAGUGAUUGUGGAUCAGGAUGCAGAUCUUUCCAAGGCAGCAUACCAUAUUGCUCAAGGUGCAUUUAGCAAUGCUGGUCAAAAUUGUUGUGCAGUCUCCCGUGUUCUUGUUCAUUCUAGUAUCCAUGCAGCAUUUCUUGAACAUUUGAAAGUAGAAACAAAACGCUGGCGACCUGUUAUCAACGAUGAGGAACAUCAAACAACAGAAAUCGACUCUUCUUCUUCUUAUUAUUAUUAUGGACCUUUGAUUGAUCAGCAACAAUUUGAUCGUGUUCGACAUUAUUUGGAUCAUUCAACCUACACACCCCUUUUCCGAGAUCAACAAUCAACAUUGUCAUCAACAACGGCAGGAACAACAAAAGGGUAUUAUGUAUCUCCCACAGUUUAUGAUGGUGUAGACGAUAUGGAUUCUUUAGCACAAGAGGAAAUAUUUGGACCUGUUUUAUCAGUUUUACGACCAUUCGAUACAAUACAAGAAGCAAUAGAACGUACUAAUGGAACAACGCCUUUUGGAUUGGCAGCAGGGGUGUUUUCCAAUCGUUACUCUACAGCUCAUUCUAUCGCAUCCAAGUUACAAGCAGGGAUUGUCUGGGUGAAUACGUACAAUAUGAUUCCUCCUAUGGUACCUUUUGGUGGACGCAAACUCUCUGGAUUUGGAAAAGACCUUGGACAGAACGCUCUAUAUGAAUUUAGUUUUACCAAAAGUAUCUUACACUCCAUUUAGAUUUAGUAUCAUCAUUCCUUAUAUUUAUACCUUUUCAUAUCUAUCGAUUCAAUAAAAGUAUUUUUAAUCAAUGUUUUUCAUUCUGAAAA